CUUUUCCCCUCAGACACAGUCAUGGCCCGAGGUCCAAAGAAGCACCUGAAGCGCUUGGCAGCGCCCCGGCACUGGAUGCUGGACAAGCUGACGGGGGUGUUUGCUCCACGUCCGUCUACUGGUCCCCACAAACUUCGGGAAUGUCUUCCCCUCAUCAUUUUCCUCAGAAACCGUCUGAAGUACGCUUUGACCGGUGAUGAAGUGAAGAAGAUCUGCAUGCAGAGAUUCAUUAAGAUUGAUGGCAAGGUUCGCACCGAUAUCACCUACCCAGCUGGCUUCAUGGAUGUCAUCAGCAUUGACAAGACUAAUGAACACUUCCGUCUGAUCUAUGACACCAAGGGGCGUUUUGCAGUGCACAGAAUCACCGCCGAGGAAGCCAAGUACAAACUGUGCAAGGUCAGGAAGAUCCUCGUAGGUACCAAGGGCAUCCCUCACCUGGUUACACACGACGCCCGCACCAUCCGCUACCCCGAUCCUAUGAUCAAAGUCACCGACACCGUGCAGAUCGAUCUGGAGACCGGCAAGAUCACAGACUUCAUCAAGUUCGACACAGGCAACUUGUGCAUGGUUACCGGAGGUGCUAACUUGGGUCGUAUUGGCGUGAUUACCAAUCGGGAGAGGCACCCUGGCUCUUUUGAUGUCGUUCACGUCAAGGAUGCCAAUGGCAACAGCUUUGCUACCAGGCUGUCCAACAUCUUUGUAAUUGGAAAGGGUAACAAGCCAUGGGUUUCCCUGCCCCGUGGGAAGGGAAUCCGUCUCACUAUUGCUGAGGAGAGAGACAAGAGGCUGGCUGCCAAACAGAGCAGCGGUUGAGUAUCUGAAUUCUACAGUACCCCCAAACACAUAAAACUGUCUUUAUGU